GGUUCUGGGUGAGAUCUGUUCUUCCGACAAAACUGUGGACUAAAUGCAUGCAUGGACUACAAAGUGAUCGAAAAUGGCGCUUCUGUGUGGUACAAACUUCUCGGUGGAAAUGAAUUACCAAAGAAGGGACGCUGUGCGAAAGGCAAGGCUCUUUACUACGAAGGAAUGUUGGUUGUUCCGGACAAUGCAACAGCAAAGAAAAUACCAAGUGUCGAAGGAAUGAUAGUGUACAGGAAAGACAACAACAAACUUUACGUUCAAGGCGAUAAUAAAUUAAACGCGUUGGCUGAGGAAAAGAAGAUAAUCAAAAUAUUGGAUAAAGAUAUUGCGAAAUUGGAGAGUAAAUUCGACAGUUUCAAUAAAACCUUGAAUAACAAAAUACACUCACGUUAUAUUUUGGCUUCCACAGUCCUGAAUGGUCAACCUGAAAGUUUUCUUAAGCAGUUAAAAGCAUGGUUUUCGUUUAAUAAUCUAAGAUGCUGUUGGAGAGCUUCACUGGAUGGCUGGGAUUCUCAUGUGUUUCAUUCGCGAUGUGACUAUAGAGGGAAAACAAUCACUUUGGUUAAAGUUGGGAAUUACAUCUUCGGUGGAUACUCACCUUAUUAUUGGGGUGGGUCCAGUGGUAGUUACCGAUCAAGCUCGAGCAGCUACGUUUUCUCCCUGCGCAACAAAUACAACUUGAGUCCAUUCAGAUCAGACGUCUACAGAUACAGCAGCAAUGCAAUUUACACAAACCCGUCAUAUGGACCAACGUUUGGUGGCGGACAUGAUAUAUAUAUCUCAAGCAAUGCUAACAAGAACAGAAAUUCAUAUUCAAAUUUUGGUCACACCUACCGUCCUCCAUCUGGCUACGGUUAUGGCAACAGUAAUACCAAAGCACUAUUGGCUGGUAGUUACUAUUUCACUCCCACUGAAGUUGAAGUUUAUUAUUAUGUGUGACAUUAGUUCAGCUAAUUUUGCGUGUAAUUAGCUUAAGAAAGUAAUU